AUGAGCCCCCACUUGAGGCUCAAACUCUUGGCCGUGUUUUCAUACGUGAGUCCAUCAGACACCACGUGUCGUGUCUGCGACAAAAUCGUCGCAGGCCUCUUGCUGAUAGUGCUGGUGGCAUUCAUUUGGGUCGGUGCUUCGCAGCUCAUUGAGACCAUUUUCAAAGACCAGUCCUUUGACCACCCAUACUUUCUGACGUACUUCAACACCUGCGGUUUCUCCUUCUGGCUGCUCGGGACUGCGUGCAGAAAACCGGUGGAAUGUGAAGGACAGGAGGUGCUCAAUGACGAGCUCCCACCUCGAUGCCCUCAAUUACUGAAAUUUGGAAGAAUAGCAAUGGUUAUUGCUCCGGCUUGGCUGCUUGCCAACUAUCUCUUCAACCUUUCAUUAGACUACACCUCUGUUGCUUCAAACUCCAUGUUUUCCACGACCAGCAACAUUUGGACGAUGCUGUUCUCCGUGUGCUUUCUGGGCGAACGCAUCAAUCCCUUCCACGUCAUCGCCGUGGUGCUGACCAUGACAGGAUCCAUCCUGGUUGCUACGGCCGAUGCCAAAGCGAGCACCGCGGAGACUUCCAGCUGGAUAGGCGAUGGCUUGGCUCUGGUUUCCGCCUUCGUGUAUGGAGCAUACACCGUCCUGCUGAAGUACCAUGUGCCUGAGCAGGAGGAGGCCCUUGCGAUGCCUACCUUGUUCGGCUGCAUCGGUGUCUUGGUCUUGACCUUCGGGUGGCCCAUCCUUAUCUUCUUCCACUUGCUGAGCUGGGAGGAGUUUGCGUGGCCAUCGAGGGCAGUCUUGGGCUCCCUCACAGUGAAUGCUUUGAUCGGUACCAAUCUCAGUGAUGUCUUGUGGGCGUACGCUUUGCAGCUGACUACGCCACUGACUGCGACGCUGGGGCUGUCUUUGACGGUGCCCUUCGGGAUGAUCUCGGAUGUGGUGCUGCGAGGAAGAAGCUUUGGGCUGCAGUACAUCUCCGGGUCGCUGCUGGUCUUGGUAGGCUUCCUGCUCGUCAGCUUUGCGCCGCAGAUGUGGUCAAGACUCCGAAUCAACACCUGCGAGACUUCAGAAGCUUGA